CAUAAAUAUCAAUGUGAAGAAUAAAAACACUAAAGAUGCUACCGGUUUUAUAAAAUUUUAACUAUAAGUGUCAAAGAGAAAUCAACACAUGCAACAGCACAAAUUAGUUAUAAAAAUAUUUACAGAAGAUAACAGGAAGGGAAGCAGAGGCGUUAGACUCUUCGGUUGUAAUAAAAAAAAACAAAGCAACUUAAUAAAAACUUAUUAAAACAUUGACAAUUUCAGCUGAAGAUAAGAACAUGAAAUGCAUUUUUAAAAUAUCGCGAAAUGCAUAUAUAUGUAUGUACUGAUAUGUUUGUAAAGUAACCUGCGUGCAAUACUCGCCAUAUAACUAAGGCAGCUAAUUAAAAACAAAACUAGACUUUAUACAAGCAUAGAAAAGCUUUAUUGAUCUAGAACCGCUUAUAAUAAUGACGCAAAGUCUGUGUAGAAUACUUGAAAAAAGCUGGCACACUACAACGUAAAAGAAACUUGCUGUAGAGAGCUUUAAAGCAGCAGCUAAAAUUAUUGUUCAGCGAGGUACUGCUAAAAAAAAUUAAUACAAUCGCUUGAACACUAGUUAAAAUUUAAAAGCUUAAAGCUUCAAAAUAUUUAGUGAAAGCUUUAGAGAUUAUAAAAGUAAAAUAUUCGCAAAUGUAGAAAAAUGAUUGCAAUCGACGACGAGGACGAUUACAACUAUCAUCAUGCCUGUAGGGUAACAGCAAGCAAUGCAUCAUUCAAAAAAAUCAGCUCGAAUCAAAGUUACUACAACGGCACCAAGUCUAGCAACGGAAGCAGCAGUAGUAGCAAGCGGAAUGUAACUUAUCUGAAUUUUUUACGUAAAACUCGCCGAAAAGGUUCGAAAGAUAGCUUUAAAGCAACUACGCCUAAACGAAAUGUGCGCAAGCGUCAAACGCUCAGAGUUUAUUGGCAAAAGUUGCUUCCCAAUAGCACUAAAAGCCACAUUUAUAAAUUUGUUAGCUCGCGCAAUGCAAAAAGUUUACAAAACUUAUGUGUGAAUGAAAGCUUUGUGAGCACUUUGAAAAGCAAUACUUGUAUAACCAGCAAACAGUUAAGGUUUGAAGACGAGCAGCAUUGUUGGGAAAUGAGGCGUGUAUGUCACGUCAAACAAAGCAAGAGUAAAACGAGCUUAACUGCAACUUUGUAUGAAAGCUAUAAAGUGUCAAGGCUGGUAGCAAAUAGUGAAAGCGUUAAAUCAUUCAAGUUUUCAACAAGUUGUUGUACCGAGAGUGAAAGCACUUUAAGCGCUCAAAAGCAGUAUGCAAAAGCAUCAAAAGCUCAUAUAAAAAUUAAUAGAACUUUCUGUAGUAACAAAGCACACAGUAGCAGCAAUAAACGGCACACAUCCGACUGGUCUUACAACAACUAUAUAAAUAAAAGCAAUAUAUUAGAACCAAAUGACAGCUAUCGUAGAACACCCAAAACAAUUGAAAGACUGUGCACACGCAAAAAAAGACGCUUGCGGCGGCGUCGAAAAAGAAAAGGAAACACUAUGCGUAUAGAGGAAAUGGAAGAAGAACAAGAAGACAUAAAUCAUAAUACCAAAACAACAAAAUGUACUCAGCAGCAAUUUUCAACUACAUACUCAUCAAUAUUAGAGACAUCUAAUGCACCGGCAGUAGAAGGAACAACAAUAGAAGCAAUGCCAAUAGCAGUCAACGCACCAACGCACGACAUGCUUGCGAGCUUAUCAGCAAAGUUAUCAUCUAUAACGGUUUAUAGAACUGUAUCACUCAAAAAUAUGCCAGCUAUCGAGACACUUCCAAAACUCAGCGAUUGUAAUGCUCAACACAGCAAUAACAGUUGUACUACUUUUUCUAGUUUUUGUUGUAGUGGCGGAAAUGCAUCAGCAAAUGAUGUGAAACAACCAGCAAAAAGUAGCAAUUCAUUGGCAACGGUAGCAACAAACAUUUGUUCAGCAUCAGAUGUAAGGACAUCAACAACAAUAUCAACAUCAACAUCUUCAUCGGCAAUAAAAACAGCAACAGCAACAGUCACUAUGUCGCCAGCCAUACGCUUGUCGGCCUUUUACGCUGCCACCACAUUGCGCAUAUUUUUAACCACAUUGACAACACUGAUUGCCAGCACAACACCCACAGCAUUCACAGCAACAAAAUACUCAUGGAUAUUUCUAUGGAUAUAUGUGAAUUUAACUGCUAGAGUUGGUCUAGCAGGAUAUCAUGAAAAGAGACUGCUACAUGAUCUUUUAGAUCCUUAUAAUACACUAGAGCGCCCGGUUUUAAACGAAUCGGACCCGUUACAAUUAAGCUUUGGUUUAACUUUAAUGCAAAUAAUUGAUGUG